CCGGCUCACAACAGGAGUGGAAAACUGUUAGAGAAAUGUUAAUUCACUUUCAUUCACAUCUGACCUAAACAGGCAUCAAGAAUUUCCUAUUAAAAAGAAACAUUUUUUUUCAGGACAAAAGUUUUACUUUAGAAUUAUUUUCUGUUUUGCUUUCAGCAAUUCUUAGAGCUGCUGAAAAGCAUGACUUCCUCUUCUGUUGUUGAUACACCUCCGGUAAGACGGGUUGCUAUCUUCGGGGGAACUCAUGGCAAUGAGUUAUCAGGGGUAUUUUUGGUCAAGCACUGGCAAGAGAACGGAGCUGAGAUUCAAAGAACAGGAAUGGAAGUGAAACCAUUUCUUACCAACCCAAGAGCUGUGAAGAAGUGUACUAGAUACAUUGACUGUGAUCUGAACCGUGUUUUUGACCCUGAUAAUCUGGGGAGAGUGAUGGAAGAUAUUCCAUAUGAAGUGAGAAGGGCUCAGGAAAUCAAUCAUAUAUUUGGUCCAAAAGGUAGUGAUGAUGCGUAUGACCUUAUUUUUGACCUUCACAACACCACUUCUAACAUGGGUGGUACCCUUAUUCUUGAAAACUCCAGGGAUGACUUUACAAUUCAAAUGUUUCAUUAUAUCAAGAACGCUUUGGCUCCAGAACACUGCCCUGUUUUGCUGAUUGAACAUCCUAGCUUGAAAUAUGCAACAACUCGAUCUGUAGCAAAACAUCCUGUUGGUGUGGAGGUGGGUCCCCAGCCGCAAGGUGUUGUUAGAGCUGAUACUUUGGACAAAAUGAGGAAGAUUGUCAAACACGGCCUUGAUUUUGUGCAACUUUUAAAUGAAGGAAAGGAAUUUCCACCAUGUACAAUUGAGGUUUUUAAAAUAAUAGAGAAAGUAGAUUAUCCCAGGAAUAAAAAUGAUGAAGUUAUUGCCAUUAUUCACCCUAAGCUGCAGGAUCAAGACUGGCAGCCACUGAACAAUGGUGAUCCUCUGUUUUUGACUCUUGAUGGAGAAGUAAUUGAAUAUAAAGGGAACUGUACAGUCUAUCCAACGUUUAUUAACGAAGCUGCAUAUUAUGAAAAGAAACAAGCUUUUGUAAAAACAGUAAAAAUUAAACUCACUGCAAAACACAUCAGAUCCUUAGUCUUAGACCAGAGCACUUCUUAAAAGCUUGUUACAGAUUUUUCUAUACAAAAAGUAGAUUUCUUCUCUGUGAAAUCCAGCGUCAUUCAGUAGUAAUUCAUUGAAUAAAUGCAGAAUCUAAUUUUAAGUUAUAAUUUAAUUAACACUGCUGAGCACUUUUAAGAUGAAACAUACUGUCAUAAUGCUAAUUAUGACUACUGUUUACUUGUUCUAAUAGAUUGCUAUAGAAGCAAAGAAUAAAUAUUUUUAUGAAGUUCCUUAGUUCACACUACAUAAAAUGAACAAUAUACCACAUACGGGUUAGUGGCUAUAAAAUUUAUAUCUAGCAUCAUAUAGAAAGAUACCAAUCCACAAAACUACAUUAAAAAAUUACAGCAUUUCUAUUUUAUAACAACAAACCCACAAUAACCAACACCUUUUAAAAUGGGGUGAUCCUUGAAACGAAUUCCUUGGAUAAAUAUACAAAAUAUGAGACAAAGGAAAAGCUAGGGAGUGAGAAAAAGAGUGACAGUAUGUAUUUUGAAACUUUUAUAUUAUUUGCAUAUAUAACUAACACCUACUGCACUGAGGUGGAAGCCUUAGGUUUGGUUUUUUUUUUCUUUUUGUACUUACAAAGACAAGCUAAAAAUGUAUGAUUUCUGAGAAAAAUAUACUAAAAUGAAAUUUAAAGCUUUUUAAAUUUAAAGUAUUACAAUAUUAAUUCAAAUUGUUUCUGAUUUAACAUUAAAGACAAAAAGGUUUGAAUUUAGAAAGUAUCUAGUAUUUAGAAACAUACUGGAGCAAUAUUCAAAUUCAGGAAAAAGAUGUGCUUAUCCUGUGAAACUUCUGAAGAAAUUUUCUACCUUUCUAUUGCAAUGGAGAUGAGAGAAGUUUAUAGCUUUAUAACUUUCUAGGUGUAUCCACCUACUGCUUAUAACAUUUUCCAAAUCAAAUUUUAAUCAGCUGUUGCACCCCAAAAGUUUUCAAUGAGGAAGGCAAGAUUAGGAAAUUAACUCAGGUUUUGAUGCAAAGAUAUGUACAAACCAUACCUGAGUAUUUCAGAAUGGAAAUUAAGAAGAAUUCCAUAUGGGGAAACUUCUGAGAAUUUUGAGACUGACUUGUUCUGUAUUUGUGGAAAGAAAGCCUGUCAUAGUAGCUGAAAAAGAGAAGAAAAUGGGAAUUUAAUCAAUUUUCUAAAGCUGCUUUUAAUAUAUUUGACAAUAAUUGGGGCUAGAGAAAACAUCAAGAACUUUGCAUAAGGAUACAAUAAUUAAUUAUUUACUGAAAAAUUCACUGUCUAGUUAACCCCCAAAUUAUACCUUUUAAAAAGUGAUUUCUUCCUUAUUUACCACUAAGCCAAAAUUCUUUUUUCCUUGCUUUGUGUAAUUCCUAUGGCAAUAAAAUAAGAACACAGGAAAGAAUGUUUACUGAAUUAGAAGUUUUAUUUA